AUGAGUCUUUUAACUUGGAACUGUCGAGGGCUUACCAACCCGACGGCAAUUCGAGUUCUUGCGGACCUAAUCCACAAUAAGAGGCCAAGAGUGGUAUUUCUUAUGGAGACUUUUCUGGAUAAAGGGAGAAUGGAGAAUGUGAGAGUGCAAUUGGGUUUUGAGAAUCUUUUUUGUGUUGAUGCAAACGGACACAACGACGGUUUGGCUUUACUAUGGUCUAGUUGGGUGGACCUUCAAAUUUGUUCUUACUCAGACAAUUUUAUAGACACCACGCUAGCUUUGGAUGUUGGUAGUCCACGCUGGCGGUUCAAAGGUUAUUAUGGUUUUUCCCAAAGACAAAGAUGGCGUGAAGCAUGGCAGAUGCUCCGAAGGUUGGCAGUACAGAGUGCUGAACCAUGGGUCAUUAUGGGAGAUUUUAACAAUCUCAUGCACCAGUCUGAGAAGAUAGGGCGAGCACCACAUCCGCCAUGGUGUAUCACUAGUUUUACUAAUGCGGUUGCCGAUUGCGGGUUACAGGAUUUCCCCUUUAGCGAUAAUCAGUAUACAUGGGUGCGCUCACAGGGUACCCCGAAUAUGGUUGAGGAGAAACUGGACCGUAUUCUUGUAUCGGAGGAUUGGUUAUCCCUGUUUGAGGGUGCGACUGCAUGCUCACUUGCGUGCCCGUACAGUGAUCACUUACCCCUGAUUUUAACCCCGGUGGUUACUACAACAGUCUGGCAACGAAAGCGCUUUUUAUUUGACAAUAUGUGGCUUCGCGAGGACAAAUGCCGGGCAAUAGUUUCACAUUGUUGGGACCGUACGACGGGCUUGGAUGUUUUAACCAGGAUCGAAAGUUGUGGACGUGACAUCUGGAGAUGGGGUAAAAAUUAUAACCGAGACUUCCAGCGCAAGAUUGAGCGGUGCAAAAGCCGUUUAGACCAGCUGCGGUCUCGGCGCGAUGAGGAUGGCAUGAGGGAGUAUGGUAUUGUAUGUUGA